UAAAUUUUAAACAUUUCUUGCUCACUCAAUCACUAUCCACUUCUUCCUCUCCCACAUACAGAUCGUUCGGUGCUGAUGCAUUUGCUUUUAUGUUAUUAUAAAAGUCAUGAUAUACUGGGGGAAUGUAUUGCAGAAGUUCUAUCAAGUCCUUUUUCUUCUCCACGCUAAUUUGUUUUCCCAAGGGAUAAAGAAGGUCUAGCUCCAAGUCAGCAAUAUUGAUGGAAUUCCUUUUCUUAAUGUUAACGUUUUCAAAUAAGACCUCAGGAUUAUUUGAAUAUUUAAAAAAUAUUGAAAAUGGGUGGAUCUUGUGGUAAAGAAGCCACUGAAUACUCAGCCACUUUACUUUUGAUUUCUCUGCAGUGACCUUCCGAUUGGUAAUAUUAUUUUCAAGUUUUUUCGUUGAAACAAAAUCAUCUGUUGUCAUUUUCAUAAUUUUAAAAGCAUUCUUCUUUCUUGCAGCUUUUAUAACUUUAAUCCAAUCGUCCGGUAUAAAAAUAUCCUUAAAGAUUUUUUCUGUUUUUCAAUCAAUCCGAAGUCUUGAUCACAUGCCAAGUAAGAAUGACCACUUACAAAAAAUUUAUGGUCUAUUUUUUCUACAACAUAGUUUGGAUGACUAGUAAUAUAUUGACAAAGACAUUUAAUAUAAAGCCAUUUUUAUAUUUCUGUUCUGGCCACCACAUUGGUCAGAAUAUAAGAUCAAUGUUUUAGUCUUGACGUUUUCUUUUAUGUAACGCAAUAAACAAGACCGUAUUUCCUGAGGCCCUCUCGAAGCUACUGUUUCGUCCCAUACACACAUCGUCGCAAUGUCAGUUGCAGCAUCAUGUAUGCCUAAGUUGUAUGUCCAUAGCUGCCUUUUAUAAUAACACACUCCAGUUGAUAUUACUGGAGUAGGUAAUGUUUUCAUGAGGUCAAAUACGAUUACAGUAACGUCUGUAUCUUCUUUAGCAAGAUUUUUAUCUAUUUUGUAAUUGUCUUUUGCUGAGUCAGCUUUUGCAAGGUGUACCUUUUUCUGUAACUCAAAUUGUUCUUUUGCUUCUUGUGAACUAGCUGCAUCUAUCUUAAUUUUAAGGUUGUCACAUUUUUUGCAAGAAUCAGAUAUAGGGGCAUGAAAUGAUAGGUUGAAGUGUUGAUUAAAUACUUUUCUGAACAUAAAAUCUGAAACCCUUUCUGACUCUGGAGUAUCAUUACAGUAAAGAGCAUACAUUUUCGGCAAACUUAGAUCCGGCGCUAAGAAUCUUCUGUUCGUGCUCUUGUGUAGUGUGUAAUGUGAUUCAUACUUCGGGAAUUUAUCAAUGAAUUCUUUGACGCGUUGAAUCUUUUCUUCACUUGUCUUAUUGACAGGGGCAUGCCUUCCCCUUGCAUCAAUGGGUGGUGUAGGAAUGGACAGUUUCCUUUUUAAAACUCUGGAUAGUCUUCCAUCAGAUACUGCAAAUAUUUUUUUGAAGAAUUCCUUACAUACCGUAGUGGACAAUCCUUCAGAAUUCGGCAUUGUAUACACAGAGGCGUAUUAUCCCUAAGGCAAACUAGGCAAGUGCCUAGGGCGCCAGGUUACACAGGGGCGCCACGAGACGGGAGCGCUAAUGUGGCCCUAUGUAGGCUGCGGCACCAAAAACAAAUUAGGGGCGCCUAUGCGAUGUUUGCCUAGGGCGCUGUCUAGCUUUAAUCCGCCUCUGGUAUACACCCUGGUAUUGGAGCGUCUAGAAUCAGUUUGUUGGCCAUUCGUGGAAAUAGAGGAUCUCUUUUUAGGUAACACUUUCACUAAUGAAAAGAUGUAAGAUGACUGCAAAUCAAAAUUUUCCAUAGCAUAAAAUCUAUUAAAGAGUUCUUUUUGCUGUUCAGAAUUAAUUUUAUCAUGGCAUUUCUGUGCACAUUUACAUGGUAUAUCUGUGUUUAUACUUUUCGAAGGGACAGUGUUACCUUUUGUAUUUACAUAUUCGGCCUCCUACGCACUGGCGACCAUAGACGCGGCCAGGCCGCCGCGGCCAUGGUCGCCGUUGCGUAGGCAAGCGCGACAUGUGGACGGCCGAAAAAUUUGCAGUCGACUUCCAAGGGUGUGUCAAGAUGGACGUGCAGAAGAUAAUCACGCUAACUGUGCUUGUGUAUUUACUACGAAAACGAAAACGGAAGAUUUCACGUAAAAGACAGUUUUGGGUGCAUCCAUUACUUUGCGAGAGAAAGACUAAAGGAUUAUAUUAUACUUAUUUUUUGGAUUUAAAAAUGUAUGAGAAGAGAUUCUUUAAUUACAUGAGAAUGUCAACGAAUACUUUUAACCUGUUACUGGAUACAAUAAAACCAAAAAUUACUGGAACUGGUAACAACUAUCGGAAAUGCAUUCCAGCAGAAGAAAAAUUAGUAAUAACAAUAAGGUAUUUGGCUACUGGGUGUUCUUUAUCUCAUAUAAGUCAUGAAUACCGUAUAGGGCUUCCUACAGUAUCGGAAAUAGUAUUUGAUGUUUGUGAAGCAAUAUGGGAGAUAUUAAAACCAAUUGUGAUGCCACAAUUGACCAGAGAUAAGUGGAUUCAAACGGCUGAAGGUUUUCAAAAAUACGCCCAAUUUCCUAAUUGCAUUGGAGCCAUCGACGGCAGGCACAUUAGAGUUAUCAAACCACAACAUUCGGGAUCUCUUUAUUACAAUUACAAUAAUUAUUUUUCAAUCGUGUUACUUGCAAUAUGUGAUGUAAAUUAUAAAUUUCUUUACGUAGAUAUUGGAGCAUACGGCAAAUGCAGUGAUUCGUCAAUUUACAAAGACUCUGUAUUUUAUCAUAGGCUUUUAAAUAAUGAUCUCGAUAUUCCGAGCAAUAACCCCAUCAAAGAAAAUGGCCAAUCAAUGCCGUUCGUUUUAGUGGGUGAUGAGGCGUUUUCACUAUCGGAACAUAUGAUGCGACCGUAUGCUGGGAGAAACUUGAAUAAUGUAAAGACUAAUUUUAAUUAUCGACUAUCCCGUGCCCGCCGCUAUAUUGAAUGUACAUUUGGAAUAUUAGCCAAUAAAUGGCAGAUUCUUCACCGACCCCUAAACUGUAGUCUUAUAAACGUUUUCCUUCAACAGCAUAUUUUUUUUGUGUUUCUUCUCUUAGUUCUUUUAUCAUGGCAACAUUUGUAGGACACUGGUCACAUAUUGUUGAAACCACCUUUAGUCCUGUACUGUUAAUAUUUUUAAUGGUUUCUAAUAACAAAUCUUUUAAGUCUUGCUUCUUUAUACCACUUUUUGUAAAUGUAAAUAGUAUGGGUUGUUUUGUUUUACUUUUAAUGCCCUUUAUCAUAAAAACAAGGGCACGAUCCGCAAUAUCCUUUGUUUUUUUUAUGCCGUCAUCUGGGAAACCAAUAAUUUCAUUUAAAAAGUCAUUAUACACCAUCCCAGGUGCUAAUGACACUUCAUCAAAUAA